UUUGUUGUUUGCCUGGUGGGCCCCUCGUGCCAUAGGUAGCGGGAGGGCUGCCUGCCGUCGGGGGGUCCUUCGGCGCCAAAAUCUACCGGCAGCGGGCCCGCCCCCGUGAAGAACGGCGUGAGCGGCUCUAUUGUUGCCUCUGCGCCGGGACUAUGGCAGGAAGGAGGGGCGCGCGUCCAAUUCCAAACACGCCCGGGCGCGCCGGCGCGCCCCGGCGCCCGCCGGCCGGCUUGGCCCGCCCGUCCGUCGUUGCUUGCCGCCUGUCCGAGGGGCGCCUUCAAUCCUUCGGGGCGAGGGCAGGCCAUGCGCAGCACUCGCGCAGCCGCUUUCCUGGCCUUGGCGAGGCCCAGCUUGAGGCGUGCCGGCCGCUUUUCUUCUAGUUUGCAUGCGAGCCACCGCCCCGGCCCCGGCUGCCCCGGCCUUUGCCGCUGUGCCGAUCGGCGCGCGGGCCGCGGGCGCGCGGGGGCCGCCCCCCCUGGUGCCCCCCACGAUGGCCGCAGCUAUCUACCUCCUUUGCUGGGGCGCCCGCCCGCGUUGCGCGCCGUGGCGCGCCCCGAGGCAGGUUUUUUGUGGCGCCCGCCCG